AUGGAAACAUGGCCAGAAGAAGUUGUUCGUGCAUUUAAUAGAUCAAAAUUCAAUCGCGAUGAAACGAAAAAAUAUGAAUUAGUGUUGUAUAAACCAAUCGAACCAAUCUUACAAGAAGGUCCUCAAUGUGGAAUUGUCGCUUUGGCAAUGGCAAUGAAUAAUCAUUCGUGUAAUGUAAAAGUGCAAAGUAUCUUUGAAAAAGCAAAGGAACUGUUAUAUACCAUUCAAGGUGAAUUAUUCGAUGGUAAAGAAGUUCUAGAAUCAUAUGCGAAUUAUUCUUAUCGAUUCACUUGCUUAGCUCGUGUCAUACCACAUCUUUGUGAGCAAUUUAAUUUGACUGCGACUGUUCAUCAAUGGGCAAAAGUGACGGAUCUUGUUGAUUGUCUUCAAUCCGGAUGUAUCUGUCUUGUUCCAUAUGACUCCGAUGCUAACCACGAACCAUGUUUGAAGAAAGGUCAUCGAGCACAUUGGCUUCUUGUUCAUGGUUAUCUGAAGGAAUUGACAUCAUCUCCAUCGAACGAAUAUGAUCUAGUGUUAGUACAGCAUGGGAAAAGUAAAUUUCUCGGUGCAUUUUCGAUGCUGGAUCUUUUUCAAAGUAAUGGCCAACUAGUAGACAUCGAUCCUAAACGACGAAUAGACUCCGAAUACUGUCUGCCGAAAGAUGCAUCGCUCAAAGAGACUUUGUGCAAUUUGUUCGUAGCAAUAUAA